UUGUCUAAUAGUUCUUAUUACUGUGCGCUCGCGACCUUGCCCUAUCGAGGGGACAGUGUGAGCGCAGUGCUGUUAACUUGGUGCGGUGUUCAUUAAUAAUACUCUAAAACACGAAACUCUCAAUUUUUUUUUUUUUUUUUUUAAAUAAGUAUGGCUCUUAAAUGUGCAAAAUGUAAUCGGACAGUCAAUACAAGUACUGAGAACCAUGUUACUUGUCAUAGGGACUGUAAGGGUAGUUUUCAUUUAGUAUGUGCUGGUAUCUCUGAAGAGACUUACGACGGCUUAGUUGAGUCGGGAAAUGUUGAAUCAUGGACGUGUACCGCAUGUUCUUCAAAAUUUUUGGAGGCUAAAGCAGCUGUUAAUAAAAACCCCUCUGUUUCUUCGCUGAAUACCUAUAUUUCGACUGAUCAGUUAAAAAAUAUGAUGAAUAAUAUAGUAAAGGAACAUGUAGAUAACAUUUCGCAGCUAUUUAUCGAGCAUAUUGGUGCUUUAACUCUUAUUAGAGUUACUAAACUUGAGUUAAAAAUUAGCGAUUUAACCAGUGAAAACAUUAUUCUUAAGUCAGAAUUUGAGAAACUUAAUUUAACGUUAAAGAGCGGUAAAAAUUCUGAUGUACAAAUAUCUAAGGGGGUAAAUAAGGAUGAAUUAAAUGCCAAAUUAUCGUAUGCCGAGUCCUUGGUAAAAAAAGUCUCAGAAAACUGUAAUUGUGCAGCCUAAAGAUAAAACUCAGUCGGUUUCAAAGACUAAAUCAGAUGUAUUAAACGCGAUAGAUCCUCUUAAUUCUUCUUUAGAUACUAUUGGGAGAGUAAAACCACUCAAGGAUGGGGGACUGCUGCUUGGGUGUGAAAAUACUAAAUCGUUGAAACAAAUUGCUAAAGCAUGAUUUAAAAUGGAUGAGGUACUGUUUAGAAGUUCACAGAAAUUCGAAAAUCUUCAGGUUCAACUAAGCUUAGCGGCGUCUCAAAGUAAGGACCUUUUCCAGCAGUAUUCAGAACAGAGUAAAUCUGCGGCCCUACAAGUCUGGAACAGUUCAUAUUCAGAACAGGUGAAAAAUAGUAUACAUGCUUUAUGGGACUAUGUUGUAAACUUAAGCGUGAAAGCUCAACAACAGCUUUGGCAGCACCUCGACCCUCAAAAAUUAUAUUACAGUUUAGCACAAGUUUUCUGGAAAAAAUGGACGAAGAGAGAUGUGUGUUUUUUAUGUGCAGGUUUUGUGUGUGGGAGUGCUGCAGGGAUGAUUUUUGCCUUAACUAUAAAGAAAAAAGAAUCCAUUGUGAGAUACAUGCAGGCGAUUCAGUGCACGAAUUAUCUAGGAAUUGAAUCGGCAGCUGUCGUUGAAAAUGCGAGAGCUCCAGAUGUAUGUAAUGAAAACGAGGUAAUAAUCUCUGUAAAAGCGGCCUCAGUACAUGUAGUAGAUGCUCAAAUAUGUAGUGGAUAUGGGAAAAGACUGCGUAAAAUUCUUCAAAAGAUAUACAAUAAGCACUCAAAUGGAGGUUUGCCUGUAACUUUAGGUCGAGAUUGCACUGGAAUUAUUACUGAUGUAGGCUCAAACGUUAGAAGACUAGAAAUUGGGGAUGAAGUGUGGUUGACAGUUCCAUUUUGGCAUGAAGGUACAAUGUCGCAGUGUGUGAUCAUCCCAGAAUUUAGAAUAGGUAGAAAACCAAAAAAUGUCGGAUUUGAAGGUGCCUGUAGUCUUCCUUAUGCAGGGACUUUAGCUUUGAGUGCCCUCAGACAAAUCCAAGUAGAUCAAGAUAACGCUGAAAAUAGAAGAUUUCUGGUGCUCGAUGGUUGUACGCCCGUUGGAAGUGUUUUAAUCCAAAUUUUAAAACACUGGAAAGCCAACAUCACAACAAGUUGCACCAAAAGAUCAGUUCCUGUUGCCAAAGCCUUAGGUGCAAGUGAAGUCAUAGUCUCUCCAGAACCAGUUAAAUCUGAUGAUAAAGCCAUACUUAGUUUAGAAUUACCUCAUGAGUCAUUAAACGCUUUUCAAAAAGAACUUGAAUUGCGAGAUAAAUUCGACUUUGUAAUAAUGACGAAGAAAUGCGUCCUAAACACAAAAACACUUGAAGAUUUGUGUUUAGGACGCAUCGUCUCAACUCAACCAGAAGACUUGUAUUCCGAUUCUUGUGGGUUUCUUAGCGCCUUCUUUAUACAAAGUUAUAUUUACAUCAAGUCUGUUUUUGAAAAAGUGUUAGGUGCAUCAUUUAACGAUUUUGACGAAGGACACAUGUGCUACGUGAGUUUGGAUGAAUUGGCUGAAAUGGUGGAAAAUGGGUAUCUCCAAACUGUCGUCGACAAGGUGCUUCAUCCACAGGAUAUAGAAAUCGCCUUGAAUCACAUUCAGUCCUGGGAUUCCAUAGGUAGUACUGUAGUCACAUUUAGAUAAAUUUUUAGAGAGCUAUAGAUGACGAAUAGUACAAACGAACGUUUUUUAUAAAAGAAAAACGCAAAAAAUAGUAACUUUAGCAAAAGGGUACCAUUAACUUAAGUGUGUCUUAACGGCGAAAGAGCGACUUAACGUUUCCUCUUAAAACUGUGCCUUUUUUGUACUGCCAACAUUAUUUAUUUGGUGAUUCUUGUUUUAUAAACUGUAUGCAAUAACAUGUUAAUAAAUAUUUGUUAGCAACAGUGGGUGAA